CAGCUCUGCCCUGCAUUACCUCCACUUCACAGACUUCUCAUCUCCAGGAACCAUGUCUACCAAAACCACCAUCAGGAGUCAAACCAGCCACCGUGGCUUCAGUGCCAGCUCGGCCAGAGUGCCAGGGCUCAACCGUUCUGGCUUCAGCAGUGUGUCUGUGUGCCGCUCCCGGGGUAGUGGUGGCUCUGGGGCUGUGUGUGGAGGAGCUGGCUUUGGCAGCAGGAGCCUCUAUGGUGUGGGGAGCUCCAAGAGGAUCUCCAUUGGAGGGGGCAGCUGCGGCAUUGGAGGAGGCUAUGGCAGCCGAGUUGGAGGAGGCUUUGGCUUUGGAGGAGCCAGCAGUGGCUUUGGAUUCGGUGGUGGAGCUGGCUUUGGUGGUGGCUAUGGGGGCGCUGGUUUCCCCGUGUGCCCCCCUGGAGGCAUCCAAGAGGUCACCAUUAACCAGAGCCUCCUCACCCCUCUGAACCUGCAAAUCGACCCCACCAUCCAGCGCGUGAGGACCGAGGAGCGUGAGCAGAUCAAGACCCUCAACAACAAGUUCGCCUCCUUCAUCGACAAGGUGCGCUUCCUGGAGCAGCAGAACAAGGUCUUGGACACCAAGUGGACCCUGCUGCAGGAGCAGGGCACCAAGACCGUGAGGCAGAAUCUGGAGCCGUUGUUUGAGCAGUACAUCAGCAACCUCAGGAGGCAGCUGGACAGCAUCCUUGGGGAGAAGGGCCGCCUGGACUCAGAGCUGAGGAACAUGCAGGACACAGUGGAGGACUACAAGAACAAAUAUGAAGAUGAAAUCAACAAGCGUACUGCAGCAGAGAAUGAAUUUGUGACCCUGAAGAAGGAUGUAGAUGCAGCCUACAUGAAUAAGGUUGAACUGCAAGCCAAGUCAGACAGUCUGGCAGAUGAGAUCAACUUCCUGAGAGCUCUCUAUGAUGCAGAACUGUCUCAGAUGCAAACUCACAUCUCAGACACAUCUGUGGUCCUCUCCAUGGACAACAACCGCAGCCUGGACCUGGACAGCAUCAUUGCUGAGGUCAAGGCCCAAUAUGAGGAGAUUGCUCAGAGGAGCCGUGCUGAGGCUGAGUCCUGGUACCAGACAAAAUAUGAGGAGCUGCAGGUCACAGCAGGAAGACACGGGGAUGACCUGCGCAACACCAAGCAGGAGAUCGCAGAGAUCAACCGCAUGAUCCAGAGGCUGAGAUCUGAAAUUGACCACGUCAAGAAGCAGUGUGCCAAUCUGCAGGCUGCCAUCGCUGAGGCUGAGCAGCGUGGGGAGAUGGCCCUCAAGGAUGCCAGGGGCAAGCUGGAAGGGCUGGAGGACGCCCUGCAGAAGGCCAAACAGGACAUGGCCAGGCUGCUGAAGGAGUACCAGGAGCUCAUGAAUGUCAAGCUGGCCCUUGAUGUGGAGAUCGCCACCUACAGGAAGCUGCUGGAAGGAGAGGAGUGCAGGCUGAAUGGUGAAGGCGUUGGACCAGUCAACAUCUGUAAGUACUAUGCUUGCCCACUUGCCCGACCCCUGCCUUGUGCCUGUCUCACUGGACAGCGUGGGCUCAGAGUGACCCUUGUCCCCUCUGCCUCCCUCACAGCUGUGGUGCAGUCCACCGUGUCCAGCGGCUAUGGCAGUGCAGGUGGUGCCAGCGGCAGCUUGGGCCUGGGAGGAGGCAGCAGCUACUCCUACAGCAGCAGCCAUGGCCUUGGAGGUGGCUUCAGUUCUGGCAGUGGCAGAGGCAUCAGUGGUGGCCUCAGCUCCUCUGGUGGCAGCUCUUCCACCAUCAAGUACACCACCACCUCCUCCAGCAGGAAGAGCUACAGGCACUGAGUCCCUGCCACCAGAGCCUGUCCCUGAUCCCAGCUCCCCUGGCUGCAGAGCCCUGUGCUCAGGGGCUGUCCUUGCUGACCUUUGACCUCUGCUCUCUGAUUAGGGCUGAGGGCUGAGUCCUUGUUGCUUCUCUGUCUCUACCCCAUGGGUCCCUAUUACUCAUCCUCUGAUUGUCACCCUCUGACUUCACAUCAGGACUCACUCACAAUCGGUGCUGUAAACUGUAGGUUUGUUUCCAGUUAAGUGUUUCACUAGGCGUGUUUCUGAAGCUUCCUAUAAAAGGGUGUCUCUGUCUCAAACAUUCUGGAAAUUAUUGAUGGAUUUCACUCAAUUAUACUGGAGUUUCCCCUCAGUUUCCUGUGACCUGAGAAAACCCUGAAUUCAAUGUUGUGAACCUCCCUGGCAGUAACUAUCAUAACACAACUCAAGAUCAUGUGAUGUACAGAGUUUGCUCUCAUGUGAUAUCCUCUCUGAUCUUUUCAUUCUUGAAAUUGCUAAAUAAAGCAGAUUUAUAACAUAA